UCCACAUGGAGUCCAGACAUGCCUACGGCCUAUCAUCGCAGACCACGAAAUUCCAUGAAAUGCGGGUCAUGUGAUCACCAAGUUUAGGAUUUCCAUCACGUCCCAAUGACAGGAAUUCUAAUAAGCGUUCAUGUUCUGCAAACUACUGGUUGUCACUAAUUCAUCUGUAUCCAAAGCAGCAUUAUCACGUAUGCUAUUUAUGCCACGUGUCUCCCCGCGGCUAGCAGAUUUGUUUGAAAAAAAAAAUACAGUGCGCAACACAUGAACAAAGUGACAGCGACGCAGGCAGCAUUGUAGUCACAGACAAAAGGAAGGUGGAAUAGUCUUCAGAUCAGUCCACAGACAGCGCUGCGAACCCUUUAAACCUGCAGCAUGGGGAACGUAGCCCAGAGCUUACAUAAUAUAGUGCCUCACACGCAUCACCACGGACUAUCAGAGUUUCAGAAGAGGAAGUUAUUAUAUGAGUUUCACACUUUUUACGAUGUCAACAAAGACGGCUGCUUAGAAUGGAGGGAUUUCGAACAAGCCAGGGAGAAAAUUUGCAAAAUGAGUGGCUGGGAGCCUGGGUCGGAGAAAUUUGACAAAACAAAGAACUUGUUCGUGGACAUAUGGCGUAAACUGCAGGACUGCGCAGACGAGAAUUGUGAUAACAAGAUAUCGGCAGAUGAGUGGGUCAAAAUGUGGGCUUCGUACAUCAAACAUCAUUCGGAUCCAGGGGAGGUGGCCAAAGUGCCAGACUGGGUAGAAGAGUACGUGGAAUACAAGUUCAACUUAUUUGACAGAACAGCGGAUGGUAUCAUAGAUAUAGAGGAAUUUGAGUACGUACUUGGAUAUUUUGGCAUAUCUCCGCCAGCUGCAAAAUCAGCGUUCAUCAUAAUAUCUCAGAACAUGGAAAGGAGAAUCGAUCUCCCUUAUUACAAACAGUUGGUUGCAGAAUACUACCGCUCAGACGACCCUGGCGCUUUGGGCACCUUUAUUAAUGGAAAACUAGACUUUUGCGACGGUUUGGAAGAUGCCCAAAUUCGUAAUGAUAAAAACCACCGUGAUAACCAACAACAACAUAGCCAUUCCCAACAGCAACAGCAAAAGCAAAAAAAUCAAGAACAAAAACAUGCAGCUACGCCAACAAGUAACGGAUAGAGCCCGGUGAUACCCUGUGCUUCAGAUAGUCUUGGCAGUUUGACGGGGAACUUCACUGUUUUGCACAGGCGGUCACAUUGCGGAAGUUUUGAAAUCAAUAACUGCGGUCCGCAGUGAGUUUUGACGCUAAUGGCACCACCAAACUUAAAACGGACCAGCAACAGACUUCUUAUCUUGAUGUAAAUACUUUUAACAAUGCCUUAAAUUGUAUAUAAGCAGGAAGAAUGUCUCAAAAAGCUAGAGUUAAAGAUUUCAAUAUUAAAAUAUCGGUGUGAAGGGUUAGCGAUAGUAUCUAGUAUUGUAGUGGAUUAUGGGAUAGUCUGUCCUUAAGUUUGAAGAUGUGUACUGUUUGUUUGUUUGGUGAUAUAUUAUUCAAAGAUAUUUUAUUUCAGUUAAAUGUAAACCUGAUCUUUCAUUAUUAUUCAGUCAAGUGGAAUUAACUUUUAUGUUGUGAAUAUGAAUGUGUAUUUAUCAAUUAAAUGAAUAAGGUAAUCUACAAUUUCUUUGAUUGAAGUAAUUCCGCAGCGCUAUAUAUAGUGAAGUGAUUUAAUGGGAAGUGCCUAUUUCAAAAAACAGGAGCCUAUACAAGUCUCCUGCUCUUUGUUACAGAGUUUCCAUUACUUUUUUCCCUAAAACACUGGAACUCUUGUUUGAUUACUUAUUUUAAAGAUCAAUAUUAAACUGCAUUUGUUGAUUUCAAUAUACUCUAUAAAAUAAUUAUACUAGUACACUCUUGAUUAUUGUCCGAUUUACUGUUCAAAUUUCUGAAACACAUUGAAAGAUAACAUUUGAGUACCUAGAAUGUCCUUUUUUAAUACUUAUACGCACUUCGUACAUCACUUUGAUCCAAGCACUGUAUGCAUAAGUAUGAAUGGUAAUUUCCAUAAUUUCAGUGAUGCUCAAAGCAAUAGAUCUGAUCCAUAUGCAUUUUACCCUCUCGUUUUACUAAUGACAACAUAGACUUCCAUUUCAAGGCUAUUGGUUGACGGAAAUAAAAGUAAUAAUUCUC